AUGGCUGUCACUGCAGUUCCAACAGCCUCAUUGACCGCCAUGCAACGAAGACGACGCAUGGCUGAAAAUUAUUUGGUCAUAUGGGUUGAUGGAAAUAUUGAUCCGACAAAUGAAGAUGGUCAAAAUACACUCGCACAAUUGCUUUGUGUGGUCAACGAAGUGAAUCCUUGCACCACAACUGAGGAAUGCAUUCAACAUCUCGAUGAAAAUAAAGAGAAGACAGCAUUUGUUAUUUCCUCGGGAGUACUUGGACAAUAUCUCGUACCAAACAUUCAUGAUAUACCAACAUUAGAUGCUAUUUACAUCUUUGGUAGCAACAAACAACGACAUGAAUCAUGGGCUAAAAAUUGGACGAAAAUAAAAGGUGUUCAUACAUCAAUCAAGCCUAUCUGUGAUCCAUUGCAAAUGGCUGUCAAACAAUGUAAUCAACAUAACAUAUCCGCAACCAUUAUUAGUGUCAGUGAAGGGGGUUCUAGCGAAAACGUCAAUCAGCUGGAACCUACCUUUAUGUAUUCCCAAAUACUCAAGGAAAUUCUCCUUGAUAUGAAACAUGGACAACAAGCUAUCAAUGAAUUGGUCAUGUUUUGUCAAGAAGAAUACCACGGUAGUACCAUAGACACAAAAAUUAUUGAAGAAUUCAAAUGUACUUAUCAACCAUCAAAGGCCAUUUGGUGGUAUACACGAGAAUGCUUCACUAAAAAUCAAGAUGUACCACUCGAUUUUGCUAAAGAUGCUUUAGAACCAACCGAUUGGCAUUAA